AUUUUAGUCACACACCUUAAGCCUCCAUCCUUUAUAACUCUCCCCAUUUGCCCUCUUUUCUCAACAAUAAUGCUCCCAUAGGAGAUAUAAUAAUAAUAAUCCUCUCAUUCUGCCUCAGCCUUAUUGCACUACACAAACCCUCACAUUGGUAGCUAGCUAUCCACCAUGAUCAAGACCUUGAAUCCUUACCCAAAUCCAGCAAAAACUGCUGAGAUCAUGUCAAGGUACAGGCCAAUAGCACCAAAGCCUGAAACCUCUCCAAACUCGUCCAUGAGUGAGGGCUCUUGUUCCUCUCUCUCCCAGAAGAUCAAUCAAUCUCCUUACCUUAGGAAUUUAUGGCCACAGCUUCAAGCCAGGCCCACCAGGACUAGAAAGAGAGGUAGAGCUCCUUUGACACUACCCUCUUCCUCCCUCAAGAGACACAAAACAACACAUAUCCUAGGUUUUUGUCCCCCUUGUCAUGUUGUUACAUCAUCCCCAGCCAAAAACCUUUCUUUUCAGGGUUUUGCUCCUCUUCCUAACCAUGGACUUGGAGUGCUCAAUUGCACCAUGGAAAAUAACAACACUCUCACCGCAAAUCCAAGCUUAGUGACACUUCCACUCCUUCCAUGUUCUCCUUGUCCUGCACCCAAAUUGGAAUCAAACUCAACAUUAACCAAGCCUUGUGUGGGAGAAGUAAUAGAUUUGAACACCAAGGUGAGUGUUCCUGAAGAGAAAGAUCUCUUGCAGCAACUUCAAAAACCAGUUUCUUCCAACAUCAAUGUCAUAACACCUCAACCAGUUCGCCCCAUUGGUUCUUCCAUAAGUGUUGUGUGCAUUAGUGAAGACUUAACUCUGCCACCUCUAUCUCAAACACCAAAAAGGCCAAAUGAGGUUGAACAAGAGGUUGAGAAUGAACCCUUGCCAGCUGUCAUAUCAGACUCAAACCACAGAAUCAGGAUGGCAAAUUCUGCAUACAAGGAGAUGGUGGGCCAGCCAUUAUGUCCUUGGCUUGAGUCCAUGGUGAAUAAUAAUGGUGGUGGUGAAUGCAAGAGGAUCAGUGGUGAGGUAACACUUCAUCUUAGUGACUCAACUAUUGUUCCAACUUCAUCAAACGGUUUCUCUUGCUGGGUGAGGAUAGAGUGGCAGAGUGAACACAACAAUAAGAAGAACUGUGUCAAUGCUUUCUGUGAUGUUAUGAAGUUGGCCUGUGAAUCCAGGGACUAUCUCUUCACAUGGAGGUUCCACACUCGUACUACCAGGGAAGCUUCUCAAUCAAGUUGCAACGCUUGAAAAAGUAAUAUAUCUUAAUCAAUGCACAUAUAGUUUUCUUAGCUAGACUCUUGGUAUGUAUGAUGAUCCUAAUUUUCUUGUCUGCUAUCGACAUACAUAUAUGUACAUGGUUAUAUAGUAGUAUUAUUAGGGAUGAUCAAAUAUAGUUUUUCUAUGUUUCUUUUUUACUAAAAUGUCUUCAAGACCUUGUUCUUCUGAGAGAUCAAAAUAUGUAUCAAGAACCAAGCUAUUUAGUAGUUAAUUAGUACUAGUACUAUAUAGUAUUUAGUAUUUAGUUA